UUCUGCAAUGGCUGACACGGACUGGCCAGGCUGUGGGAAGAGUUUGAAAGGUGUCAUUUUGGACAUGUGUGGUGUGUUGUAUGACAGUGGGGAGGGCGGGGGGGUUGCCAUUCCUGGAUCAAUUGAAGCAGUGAAAAAGCUCAAGGCAUCGGACCUGCAGCUGCGCUUCUGCACCAAUGAGACCCAGCUCAACAGAGAGGCGUUUGUGGACAAGCUCAAAAGUCUGGGCUUUGACAUCUCUGUGUCUGAAGUCUUCUCUCCUGCUCCUGCAGCCGUAGCUGUCCUCAAGGAGAGGGGCUUUCGGCCUCACCUGCUGGUAUAUGAUGGACUUCUCCCAGAGUUUGACAGUGUUGAUAAGACUAACCCAAACUGUGUGGUGAUUGGAGACGCAGCUGAAAAGUUUACCUACCAGAACUUGAACGAGGCAUUCAGGGUCCUUAUAGGCCUGGAGAAGCCAGUGUUGUUCUCCUUGGGUGGAGGGAGGUACUACAAGGAAGGAGAUGGUUUAGCACUAGAUGUCGGAGCGUAUAUGAAGGCUCUGGAGUAUGCCUGUGAUUUAAAGGCGGAAGUAGUUGGAAAGCCUUCACCAACAUUUUUCCAGAGUGUUCUCAAUGACAUGGGGCUUCAACCGCAUGAGGCACUGAUGAUCGGGGACGAUCUGGUGAACGAUGUGGGUGGAGCACAAAACUGUGGAAUGAAAGGCCUACAAGUCAGAACUGGCAAAUACAGGUGGGUGAUGUUCUGAACACACAAAUGCUCAAACAACUCCUUUGUGGUUAUAAAAAGCAUCACCUAAAAUCAUACUGCAUAUAAUUGUUCCCCAUAUUUUAUAUAUAUUUCUAAGCUAGUUUGACCAUAUUGUAAACA